CCAGAGAUGACACCGAAUCCUCAUCUUUCAGUAGCUUGUGGUGAAUAUUGCGUCUUCCGUCUCGGCAGCAGCUGUAAUCGGAUCGAAUUCAAAUCUCCAGCUGAAAAGGAUCUAGUUGGUGAAACCGUUCAGCGAUCAUCAGCCGCCGAGCUGCUUCCCGGUUCAACCCGUGACUUUUUCAGCCCAACACGACUGAUUUUGCUGAGACCUUUCACGGACGUGGGACGUCCGGAACGUCGUUCAAGCACCACAAACUAUCACUCAUCGCGGACAAGCAUUCAACGGCGACGAGAAAUUGUGCUUGAGACGCCAUAGGAACGUUAACAAUCAUCGAUUCUGACAAUUCUGAUAGAAAACCAAUGGUCAACUGAUGACCUUUUAAAAUAAAUCGUAAGUAAAAGACCUUUUUUCUAAACAAACUUUACUUUCCUGUAAAUUCUUCAAGAAAAAGCAUUUAAUUUAGAUACGCUCAUAUUCACGGUGUAAGUUGGAGUGGGUAAAAAAUACGUUUUAUCAUUUAUGCAAACCUCGUUGGAUUUAGAUUGUGAUAUAUUUUUCGAAAGCUUUGGUUGGUAUUGUUUUCUGCACUUAGGAUGGAACGCUUUUGUUUUGAGUUGAGCUUGAAUCAAAUCAAAACAAAACCGUAAGCAUGUGUUUCAAAGAUGUUACGAGACAAAACAAAUCGCAAUGCUUUUGAAAAUUACAUCAGAUUCUAGAUUCAACGGGGUAAAAAAAUUUACAGCUUUCUUAAAUUUACGUAGAUUUCAUCGGAAAUUUACAUGUUUUGAAGUCCCUUUUGCUCCGGCUAA